AUGCCGUGCGGGGUGGACAUCGGAAGCCUCAUGGCCCGGGUGAAGGCCGCGGGCGUGGACUACGAUCAGAUCUAUGCCGCGCUGAUCGAGCGCUUGCACGCCAUGCAGAAGAAAGUGUCGUCUUGGAGCGAGGCGGACUUCCGGUAUCGGGUCAGCAGCGGCCGGAUCUUCGAGGGGCCCUACGAGCGCCACGAGCUGGAAGCCACACAGGCCGCGUAA